CUAGAAAAAAGAGAAGAAGAAACGGCAGCAGCGCCAUUUCACUUUUCAUUCAUUUGUGUCGAGGCCUACGUCGGAUUACGGGAAACACGAACUUCAUCAUGGUGAAGAUUUUUAUCGGCAAUCUUGCCUGCAACACCACACCUGAGGAGCUGCGGGAACUCUUCGAGAAGUACGGCAAAGUAGCAGAAUGUGACAUCGUCAAAAAUUAUGGGUUCGUUCACAUGAACAACAUAUCAGAAGCAGAGGAGGCCAUUCAGAACCUCCACCAACACCAGCUGCAUGGCUGGCGCAUGAACGUGGAGAUGAGCAAAGGGAGGCCGAAGUCCACCACCAAGCUGCACGUCAGUAACCUCGGUGAAGGAGUCACCUGUGAUGUUCUGCGGGCCAAGUUUGAAGAUUUUGGCGCAGUGGUGGAAUGUGACAUAGUGAAGGACUAUGCAUUUAUUCACAUGGAGCGAGUGGAGGAUGCCAUGGAUGCCAUCAGUAAGAUGGACAACACAGCCUUCAAAGGCAAGCUGAUGAGCGUACAGCUGUCCACCAGUCGGCUUCGCACUGCCCCGGGAAUGGGAGAUCAUACCGGCUGCUAUGUCUGCGGGAAACAUGGUCACUGGUCGAAAGACUGUCCAAUCGGUCGGGGCGAUAGCCACGGUGAUGACGUGAGAGGUCACAGCGGCCGGGCCCCCCCACGCGGUCCCCCAGGUUAUGGCAGGGGCAGCUACGGAAUGGCCCCACCUCCAGGACCUGAUUACAUGGGUGGCUCUGCGUAUAGUCAGGGUAGUUAUGUAGGUGGUAUCCCUCCGCCCCCUCGUAGGCUCAGUGGCUACGGCUCUGAGCUGGGGGAUAGAUAUGGGGGCAGACCAGCAGGCUCCUAUGCUGACAGGUCAUCAGCUUAUGAUCGUGACCGUCUUUAUAGCAGUGUUGACUAUUAUGAGAAGUACAGAGCUCGGCCUUAUGGCUCAAGCUAUUUCGAGGAUCGUCGCAUGUCUUAUCUCCCCCCUCCCCCACCCCCUCCUUCCUCCCUUUCAAAGCUCCCCACCGGUGUAGAUCCGUAUGACCGUCGGCCACCGCCUCCACCUGUAGCGGCCGCUUCAGCUGCUGCUUACUAUGCACAAGACCGCAACCCGAUCGGACGAGUACCCGUCUCUGCGGCAGGCUACACCUAUGAGCGAACACGGCUGUCACCGGUGUCCUCCAGGAGCACCUACGCUACUCCGCGACCCAAGGAUCAUUAUGCGCCACGUUACGCGCCUUACUAAAACCACGGUGCCAAGGUCUAUUUGUGAACUGCGGGACUUUUCCUUUGCCGUCGUAUCUUCGAUCUACAUGAUUCUAUCUGUCUGCGCAAUGUGCGGCAAAGCAUAUGAGAUGCAGAGAGUUUGGGAAUUGUGUUGGCAUCUUCAGGGCACCUAAGAUGCCAGUUGCCUGCAGAUGAAUUGUCCUUUCAGUCACGUUCACAUAAUCUGUUUUCAAGGAUGAUAAUGAUUAGAAAACUGCACUGUUAAACAUAUAUGUUGUAUAAAGCAAUAUUUUUUUCAUUUGUUCUGCGGUUUUUCAGCUCAGUUUUUAGCCCUGUCUUUUUUUCUGUUUUUUUUCUUAACCGUGUUUGUUCCUCACUUAAAGCAAAAUGUUUAAUUGAGCAAAUGUGAAUUGCUUGGAUUUUGUUUAUCACUUAGAGAAAGCUGGAUUUAUACCUCUGUGUAAAGAGGCUGUGCCAUACACAGCGGCUCCCUUGCAUAGGCUCUAAGAUUACACCAUUGGCUACACUAGUUGUCGUGGAUCUCCUCAAAAAUGUAAAAAUACGGCAGGGAUGAAGAAACCAUGAGGGAAGAGCGGGACUUGUGAUUGGCUGUGAGAGUUUUUCCCCCGACAUCUUGCUGAUUCUGGCGGAGUUUGUAGAUAGUGAAGACAACGCUGUGGAAGUUAAAAGUGGACCCUCUGUAUGGAUAAAUGAACACAAACAAAGCAAUUGCAUGGAAGAAGUCGCUUUAUUCAGUAAGUAGACACAUUUAAAUAAUGUUAACUGGAUGUAACUCGAGGGGGACUCCUGGUAACACUUUGCAUUGACUAUAAAUCCAGCUGAAGUGUUUUUGUUCCUCUUUAAUGUAAACAUUUGACUUUAUUUUCUAAUUGGGAUUCAGGUUAACCCAUGUAGUAUAUGUAUCAUUUGCUUGUGGUGCAGUAGAGCCUUAUCUUACCCCUCAGCACACAUCUCAUACGAUCCAAGUCAAUUAUAUGGAUGUGGAUAAAGAUGAAGAAUAAUCUUAAUGUGGUUCGUACUCUGACAGCUAAAACCAGGAGGGUGAAACACAGGAACCUCCCUGGUUUAGGGUCGACAGCAAAACUCUGUAGAGCAUGAAUAGACAGUGAUUCACACUGAAGAAAACAACAGAGCAUUGAAUCCACAUCCAUGUCACUGGCCUGGCUCAGUGUUCAUUAAGGAUACAUAAUAGCACUGUGAUUAUUUGAGAGAGUUGCUGAGUGAGAAAAAAAGUAAGGUAAGAAAAAACAUUCUCAAACAUUCCAGCCUCUCAUUUUUUCAAAGUUGCAGUGUGUUCAUAAAAUAUAUAAAUAUAUAUAUAUAAAAAAAUAAAAAAGGUGCAACCAAGACCAGAAUAUUGGCUGACAGGCAUUGUGCAUUAAAAUAACUGUUUUCUUCCCACUUAAAAAAACACCCAACCCAUCAGAGGUAGGAUGUCAGUGCGGGAUGGAUGUGUGUUGUAUACAUAUUACAUCUAAAGCAGAUUCAGAAAGGUGAGGCAGGGCUUGGGCUGUACAAGUCAUGAGGUGCUUUCAGUGUUGAGAGUGCCUUUGUUAGUUUUUCAUAUAGAUGGGUUUGGAGUUUGUAUUUUUCUUACUAGCUGUGGAAGUACCAGCAUACACAAAAAAUCGAAAAAUGAUUUUUAAUAAAGCCAAAAAUAAUUUUGGUCUUGA